GAGAGUGUCGACGCAAGCUGGAGAGAGCGUUUCUCAUGAAGCAGAAAGGGAGACACUCUCUAUAAAAGACAGACCAGGCAUUCUUUUGUUCAUUGAUCUCAGAUUUCGCAGGCUACAAUGGGUGUUUUCACCGAUAAAAUGGAAGUCACCACAAAGAUCCCCCCAGCUCGGAUGUUCAGGGCCCUUGUCUUUGAUUAUGACAAUCUCAUUCCCAAGAUUAUUGUUCCAAAGGCCAUUCAGAAUGUCGAACUCAUUGAAGGAGAUGGAGGCCCUGGAAGCAUUAAAAAAAUCACCUUUGGAGAAGGAAGCCAAGUCAAGUAUAAGAAGCAUAAGAUUGAAGCAAUCGACGAGAAGGGCUUCUCAUUCAACUAUAGUGUCAUAGAAGGUGAUGCUCUGAUGAACAACCUCGAGAAAAUCUCUCACGAUAUCAAGUUUAUGGCAGCUCCAGAUGGAGGUUCCAUUUGCAACAUCAGCAUCAGCAGCCAUUAUACCAUUGGUGACAUUUAUAUCAAGCAAGAAGAUGUCAAAGCGGAGAGAGAAAAAGCCUUGGGACUGUUCAAGGCUGUUGAAGCCUACCUCCUCGCAAACCGUGGAGCUUUCGAGAGAAACCCUCUCGUCAAUGAAUUUCCUCUGCCUUCGGCUGGGGUCGUUUCUGUGGUUCCUAAAGCAUGAACAGAAUGAGGAGAAACUCAUAUAAGCGAACAUGAGCCCAGAACCUCUUUACCUUUUCUUUCCUGAGCGAGGACUUUGGGAGGGGAGCCUUUGGUCGGUGAAUGGAGGCUUGAUUUAUCUGAAGCGAUGGCAGCAUACCCAAUCAAUUGAGGAAAUUGAU